UUUUUUUAAUGACACCAAGUGAUAUAUUUGAACUGGCUCUGUCUAAAAUUAAAUUUCAUAUUUGUUUCAAACAUUAAUCGGUUUCAUCCAGGUUGUUGGAGAGGUGGACUUCACUAGCCUCGCUCUUACCCACACGGUCCAGCCAUUUAAAGCUGUGGAGCAAAGAAUGGGAUGGUUGGUCCCAGCCCGUCCAUGAUGGGGACACCCCGCCCCGCCUCUUUCCAUCAGGCAUCGAGCAUCACUCACAUCCUCUGCCCCUGUUCCAGAAAAUAAUGGAGAUAAUAAGAGUGCUUACCUCAUGGGAUUGUUGUGGACAUGAAAUGAAAGAAUCGAUCCGUGUAAUGUGCUUGGAACAAAGCCUGGGCUAGAGGUGCUCCCUGAUGGAAUGUGGUCCUGAUGUCUGGAGAUGGAGCAGACCUUGGAAAUGUGGGUCCUGCCCAGGGAGGAGCAGCCUGGGUCCCUUAGGACUUUGUGGAGUUGAACCACUGCUGCAGACUCUUGUUGUAAUACACUUCUGUCCUCUUGUGCGCGCUGAGCUCGGGUCUGAGCGUCGUGGGAUCCCAUGGGCGCGGCACUGACAAGGUCCGCGCAGUGGACAGCUGCGGUGCACGGGGCUAGGGCCCUGGAAACUACCCCUCUCAAUGAGGCGAUACUGAAGGAAGUUAUUGUGUUUGUGGAGGGUUUUAUCUAUAAACAUCCCCAAGAGGCAAGCUAUGUUUUUGUAGAACCACUGGAAUGGAAAACCAAUUUGGACCCCUCAGCCUUUGGAUCAGGUUAUGUUGUCAGUGAAACAACAGUCAAGUCAGAAAAAGCUGAUAAAAAUGGACAGCCUUUGCUAUUUCUCUCUGUACCACAGAUUAAAAUUAGGAGCUUUGGGCAGCUGUCACGUGUGUUAUAUAUUGCCAAAAAUACAAAGCUGAAGGAAGCACAAGCAUGUAUUGAAGCAAACAGAAAUCCCAUAGCAAAAAUCCUGGGCUUGGAUUAUAAUAUGAUAAAUGAAAUAAAUGAAGACUCUUCUGUAUUAACUAUUCUUGAUAAAAUUACCAAAGAUGAUGAUCCUGAAGGUGAGAUUAAGAUGAAGAUUGCCCUGCUACUUAAGCAGCUGGAUCUGCACCUACUCAAUCGUUCUCUGAAAAAUGUUUCCUUAGAAAUACGAUUAAAUCCAGGGACUGUUAAGAAUGAUAUAGAGCUGCUUAAACGGUUCUCAGGAAAGGGAGAACAGACAGUCUUGGAAUCUAUCGAGUACACCUCAGAUUAUGAAUUUUCAAAUGGAUGUCGAGCCCCACCUUGGAGACAAAUUCAAGGGGAAAUUUGUUAUGUUCUGGUGAAACCACACGAUGCUGAAACUUUGUGCAUUACUUGUAGCAAAGAAGGAGUGUUUUUAAAUGGUGGCAAAACAGAUGAUGAGGAGGAAAUUAAUUAUGAGAGAAAAGGAGAAAUUUAUAAAGACCUUGUCACACUUUUAAGAGAAAAAUCAGCAAAAUUUUCUGAAAAUAUGUCUCAACAGGAGGGUAGAUUCAAUGAAGAACAGCAAAAGGAAAAGGAUCAGCCUAAUGAGGCACCUGAGGAGGAAGCAGCCGCUUUACGUAAAGCUAGCACUGCUUCCCGCAGGAGUGCACUGGAGAAGAAGCAAAUCAGUUUGGGAAGGAGUCAGAUGACCAAGAGAUUAGAGCCAAGUUUAAACUGGAAGACUACUGUUGAUGCCGAAGAGAACAAAAGCUCACUAAGAGACACCCAAGAAGAAAAACAUGGAGGAAGACUUGAAAAGUCCAGACCAUCCGCUUCACCUGGAAGAGCACAGUUACUUCGUAAGAGUGCUGAAAAGAUUGAGGAAAUUAUUAGUGAGAGCUCCUCAGAGAGUGAGGAAGAUGAAGAACCACCUGACCAUCUUCAGGAAGCAAAUGCAGAUUUGCCAUCAGAAUACUGGCAAAUUCAGAAGCUGGUGAAAUAUUUGAAGGGAGGAAAUCAGACGGCUACAGUGAUUGCAUUGUGUUCAAUGAAGGACUUCAACUUAGCGCAAGAGACCUGCCAGUUGGCGAUCAGGGAUGUUGGAGGCCUUGAAGUUUUAAUAAAUUUACUUGAGACAGAUGAAGUCAAAUGUAAGAUUGGUUCAUUAAAAAUCCUGAAGGAAAUCAGCCAUAAUCCUCAAAUCAGACGUAAUAUUGUUGACCUUGGGGGCUUGCCCGUCAUGGUUAAUAUUCUUGACUCUCCACAUAAGAGCCUGAAAUGUUUGGCAGCUGAGACAAUUGCGAACGUCGCCAAGUUUAGGAGAGCCUGGCGGGCGGUGAGACGCCACGGGGGCAUCACCAAACUGGUCGCUCUGCUUGACUGCAGGCAGCCCUCCGCAGAGCCUGCCCAGCCGGGCCUGCAUGAGGCCCGCGAUGGGGAGGUGGCCCGCUGCGGGGCGCUGGCGCUGUGGAGCUGCAGCAAGAGCUGCGCGAACAAGGAAGCCAUUCGGCGAGCCGGGGGCAUCCCUUUGUUGGCGCGGUUACUGAAGACUUCCCGUGAAGACAUGCUAAUCCCGGUCGUGGCGACAUUGCAGGAAUGUGCCUCAGAGGAAAACUACCGAGCCGCAAUCAAAGCUGAAAGGAUAAUUGAAAAUCUGGUAAAGAACCUAAGUAGUGAAAACAAACAGCUGCAGGAGCAUUGCGCCAUGGCCAUCUGCCAGUGUGCAGAAGAUGAGGAAACCCGCGACCUGGUUAGGCUGCGUGGAGGACUCAGACCCCUGGCUUCUCUCCUCAGUAACACUGACAACAAAGAACGGUUGGCCGCUGUCACAGGGGCAGUAUGGAAAUGUUCCAUCAGCAAAGAGAAUGUGACCAAAUUUCGGGAAUACAAAGCCAUUGAAGCCUUGGUGGGACUUUUAACUGACCAGCCGGAAGAAGUGCUUGUGAACGCAGUUGGUGCGUUGGGAGAGUGUUGCCAAGAGCCUGAGGGCAGAGUCACCGUCCGCAAACGCGGUGGCCUCCAGCCACUCGUGGACCUCCUCGUGGGAACAAACCGCGCUCUACUUGUCAAUGUCACAAAAGCGGUCGGUGCUUGCGCAGUGGAGCCCGAGAGCAUGAUGAUAAUUGAUCACUUAGAUGGAGUUCGUUUGUUGUGGUCCCUACUAAAAAAUCCUCACCCCGACGUGAAGGCCAGCGCGGCUUGGGCCCUCUGUCCCUGCAUCCAGAAUGCAAAGGAUGCUGGAGAGAUGGUUCGCUCCUUUGUUGGUGGUUUGGAACUUGUUGUCAAUUUACUGAAAUCAGAUAAUAAAGAAGUUUUGGCGAGUGUAUGUGCUGCUAUUACCAAUAUAGCAAAAGAUCAAGAAAAUUUAGCUGUUAUCACAGAUCAUGGAGUUGUCCCUUUAUUGUCCAAACUAGCAAAUACAAAUAACGAUAAACUGAGACGUCAUCUAGCAGAAGCCAUCUCACGUUGCUGUAUGUGGGGCAGAAACAGAGUGGCCUUCGGCAAGCACAAGGCGGUUGCUCCGUUAGUGCGGAACCUGAAAUCGAACGACACCAGCGUGCACAGAGCGACAGCCCAAGCCUUGUACCAGCUCUCCGAAGAUGCCGAUAACUGCGUCACCAUGCACGAGAAGGGCGCAGUGAAGCUUCUACUGCAUAUGGUGGGGUCGCCUGACCAGGAUCUCCAGGAAGCCGCAGCUGGCUGUAUAUCCAACAUUCGCAGGUUGGCUCUUGCUACAGAAAAGGCGAGCUACACUUGAAACUUGAACGGACAUUAAAGCUACCAAAUGUUACACGACACAGGCCAUGUCACUCCCAGGGCCAGGAGGCCUCAACUGGGAAACAUUUCAUAGCAAAUCCUUUACAAACAAAUGUCUGAAAACACAGGAAUUUAGAAAUGCAAAGGGUGCUGUUCAUCCAAAAAUUGUAUGGGUAUUUUUGUUCUAUUUUAGGGAUAUGCCAUGUAAAGCCAAUAUAUUUGUGAUAAUUUUCCAGGAAUUUGAGAAUAUAUGUACACGGCUUGUGUGUGUGUGUGUGUGUAUAUAUAUAUAUAUAUAUCGGCGAUGCUUUUGUAUUUGUGGUGAUUUUAAUAAAGAUAUGGCCUUCCUGUUGUGCGUUUUUAGAGUCAUUCACGAAUGUCUUUAGAAUUCCCUUUCUGUUAAACCAAUCUAACUGUCCUGACACUAUGGUUUUGUUUGUUUGAUUGCUUGCAACCCACGGGAGAGCUGUGAGGAGAUGUGCUGAUUUCACAAACUGCUACGGAAUACAAUUCAGAGUUAAGCAGCUGGGCUGAGAGAGAGCAUCCCGAGGUCAUUCCAAGUUUCUCCUAAAACUAUCAAACAUCUGAGAAGACAACGUGUAACUGUCACUGUACCAGACAAUGCAAAUCACAAAAACAUAAGCAAUGAGUGAGAUUUUCACUUUUGGAUUUCCAAAGUAUAAACAAUUAGAUGUUUUAUUUCCCUCAUAGGAUUCACCAACACUUUUAUUGAAAGAAUUAGUUUAUGCUGAUGUAAGGAUAAUAUUACUUGACAGAAAAUUGCUUUGAAUUUCUGAACUUGUUUUCAGCACAAACAAUACUUUUUAAAAAGUGGCUACAAAGGAUUAAUGGCAUUUUAUCAGGUUAUAGAAACAUUAGAAGCCACUUAAAAGAAUCACAUAUGUAACCUUGGUGUGCUGCAAUGUUUGGGAACUAACCGUCCCCAGCAUCUAAAACUAGCGAGGAAAAUAGCUUUGUACGCAUCCACUCAGUAAACUGACAAUCUCACUUAAUGCUUUAAAGAGCAGGGAAGGUUUUAUUGAAAAAUAUUAAGUACUGUGUAUGUUUUUCAUAAUUUGGAGAAGAUCAUAAACUUAACUGAAUUAAAUGUAAAUAAUUUAUAUGAAAUGAAAAGCCUGUACAGGAUGAAAAUUAUACCAGUGGAAGAUUCUCCGAUAAAAAGGUAAGGCAUUUCUGAGAACUUUACGGUUUUGUAAAACACCAAUUCAUCUUCACUGCUUUUCAAAGGAGGUUAUAAAAGAGGAUAAUAGAAACAAGGAAAUGGUAUCAAGGCUAACAAAGAACAGAAUUUAAAUAAUAGUGUAAAUCCUUUAGCUUUAAACAGUAGUUAUUUCUAAUGUUAAAGUCACUGGUUAGCUGUGUUUUACUAACAUUAAAAACACAUCUAGAGGG